AUGGCUGACAUUAAGUCUCUCGGUAUCUCGGAAUGGCUCGUGGCACAAUGCCGACAGAUGGGCAUCAACAAAGCUACUCCCGUCCAGGAAAACUGUGUACCGGCUAUUUUGCAAGGCCGGGACUGCAUGGGUUGUGCGAAGACUGGAAGUGGCAAAACAGCUGCCUUUGUGCUGCCUAUCCUUCAAAAGCUUUCUGAAGAUCCAUACGGCAUAUUCUGCCUAGUUCUUACACCAACAAGGGAGCUGGCUUAUCAGAUUGCAGAGCAAUUCCGGGUACUGGGAAGACCAAUUGGGUUAAAGGAUUGCAUUAUUGUAGGAGGAAUGGACAUGGUUGCCCAAGCUCUUGAACUAUCCAGAAAGCCUCAUGUUGUCAUUGCAACUCCAGGUCGGCUAGCAGACCAUAUUAGAAGUUCCAGUACCUUCAGCAUUAAAAACAUCCGUUUCUUGGUUUUGGAUGAAGCAGACCGUCUUUUAGAACAAGGGUGUACCGACUUCACCAAGGACCUGGAAGUGAUCCUAGGGGCUGUCCCUGCCAAGAGACAGACUUUGCUGUUCAGUGCAACCCUGACGGACACUUUGCAAGAGUUGAAAACUAUUGCUAUGAAUCAACCGUUCUUCUGGGAGUCCCAGUCAGAGGUGCGUACAGUGGAAGAGCUGGACCAGAGGUACAUACUGGUGCCUGAGAAGGUCAAAGAUGCUUACCUCGUCCACUUGAUUCAGACAUUCCAGGAUGAACAUGAGGACUGGUCUAUUAUUAUCUUUACCCACACUUGCAAGAGCUGUCAGAUCCUGAACAUGCUGUUGAGGGAGUUCAAUUUUCCAUCCGUUGCAUUACACUCCAUGAUGAAACAGAAAGAAAGGUUUGCUGCUCUCGCCAAGUUCAAGUCCAGCAUAUUCAAAAUUCUGAUUGCUACUGAUGUGGCAUCCAGGGGUCUGGAUAUUCCUACAGUUCAAGUGGUCAUCAAUCACAACACCCCUGGGCUACCUAAAAUUUAUAUCCAUCGAGUCGGAAGGACAGCCCGUGCAGGUCGCAAUGGGAUAUCCAUCACUCUAGUGACACAGUAUGACAUCCACCUGGUGACUGCCAUUGAAAAUCAAAUCAAUUCGAAACUUAAGGAAUUUCCAGUGAAAGAGGCAGAGGUCUUAAAAAUCCUGACCCAGGUGAAUGUAACCAGGCGGGAAUGUGAAAUUAAACUGGAAUCGACUGAUUUUGAUGAAAAGAAGGAAAUCAACAAGCGGAAGCAAAUGAUCUUAGAAGGAAAGGACCCGGAGCUGGAGGAAAAGAGGAAAGCUGAACUGGAAAAGAUCAGGAAAAAGAAAAAACAGUUCAAGGAAAAGAUCCAGCAGAGUCUCGAUCAGAAGGAGGCAAGCAAGGUACAGAGGCGAAUCCAGAAGAAGAAACGGAGGCAGGAGAGGCAAGCGGCCACAAAACAGCAGUAACCAGAAGUGUGAUACACAGGCCGAAUCCUUCAGGUUGUCCAGUCUUACCCUUCUCUUCUCAGUUGUGAAGCUGAUUCUUGGGGAUGGAGAAGUAUUCUUCUAAGAAGCCUUUUUGCCCCCUUGUGUAAUCGACAAUACUCAGGCCUUAGAAAGGUGUUUGUGGGUAAUUGCAGAGUAACAUUUGGUUUUCGUAUUUUCAGUGGGAGUGCAGAUGUGUAGUCAGACAGAUUGUCACUGUGUCUCAUGCCUUGUUGGAGGCCCUACUCCUCAUGGUCCAGCAUCCCUGGACUGUUACGCCAAGCCUUGUGUUGGCUGUUGGCCCACUGCUUUGUGAGAACCGCUGACUCGACCUUAAGCAGCCUGUACUUUUACAUUUAUUUUCAUCAGUAUACAACCUGAGCGCUCAAGUCAACUACAAGUCGUUUCCUCACUUAUUGUGCACAAAAUUGUUUUCAGUGCUUCAACAAACAAUUGCUUUACCCACUUGGGACAUUUUGCAGAUUUUCACUUUUUUUUGUAGUGCCUGUAGGUGUGAAUCCACCCUUCCAUUUUUGUUCCACUUCCUGUGAUGAUGGCCACGGUUAUUACAGUUUGGGCAGACGUCUCAAAGAAAGUUCACAAAGUGGGGUCUGCCCAGUGGUCUGACGCGAGAUCCACACCAGUACUUACGAUGGUUGUUAAGUGGUUGAGUGGAAAAGGGCAUCUGUACCUGAAACUGGUAGACACCUGAAACGCUGAAUGACUUGAUGAUCGUAGCUACCUUAUGGCUCAACUGGGAAGACCGACUUAUAAGGUCUUGAUAAUGAAAGUGAAUAUAUCUGUUCAUUUUCAUUAUAUCAUGAAAUGAAUAUUUUUGUGUUUUAUUUAUGAACUAAGAUUUGUGAUAAAAAGCGAAAUAAUUUAAUA